AUGGGCUUGAUGCUGUGUAUAGCCUUCGUCUUCCUCCUGGCUCAAGUCUCCGAGAGUACCUGUCCCGCUGGGUGCUUAUGUCCCUCUUACAUUGUGAGCUGCGGAGCCCUCGGUCUGGAAAAAUUGCCUCACCCUGUUCCCGCCACCACCUGGACUCUGGAUCUCAGCCACAACCGGCUGACGUGGCUCGGGGUGGGCAGUUUCUACGGUCUGCCCAGGCUGGUCCGCCUGCGCCUGGCCCACAACCUGAUCUCGCAGCUCAGCCCCGGCGCCUUCCAGAAUGCCAGCGCCCUGCGCCACCUGGACCUCUCGUCCAAUAAGCUGCAGGUGGUGGGGCGCCACCACUUCCUGGAGCUGACGGGCCUGGAGGAGCUGCUGCUCUUCAACAACCGGAUCACGCGCGUGGAGAGCACCGCCCUGAUGGGCCUGAGCCGCCUCCGCCGCCUCUACCUCAGCUUCAACCACAUCUCCGACUUCCCCUUCUUCUCCAUCCGCAAGCACACCCACCCGCAGCUGCUCACCGUGGACCUGUCCUCCAACCACAUGGCCCGGCUGCCCGUGGAGGACAUCGCCCUGUGGCCGGCCUCGCACCAGAGGGGCCUGUUUCUGUUCAACAACUCGCUGCUGUGCGACUGCGCCGUGUACACCAUGUUCCGCCACUGGGAGCAGAAGGGCUUCGAGUCGGUGAGCGACUUCAAGGACGAGUACCGGUGCCUGCUGUACGGCGACCCGCGGGCGCCCGUGCGCUUCUUCCGCCAGGGCCGCUUCUUCGAGAACUGCACGGUGGGGCGGACGCUGUCCCUGGUGGCGCCCAAGGCCAACCUGGUGGUGUACGAGGGCGAGCUGGUGAGGCUGGACUGCACCAGCUCGGCCAGCAGCGGCGAGAACGUCUCCUUCGUCUGGACCUCGCCGCACCCGGAGGGCAUCGGCACGCUGCUCCAGAACGGCACCCUGCGCCUGAACCAGGACGGCAGCCUGGAGAUCCCCUACGCCAAGCUGGACGACGCGGGCGUCUACCAGUGCACGUCCAUGGACAGGGUCCAGAUGCUCAACGAGUCGCGGGAGGUGAACGUCACCGUGGCCACACGGCAGGCCUCCGACGAGCCCUUCAACACGGGCUACACGACCCUGCUGGGCUGCGUGGUGACCCUGGUGCUGAUCCUCAUGUACCUGUACCUGACCCCGUGCAGGUGCAGCUGCUGCAGGUCCCCCGGCUCGCCGUCGCCCGGCGAAGGGUCCGGCUCGCGCGAGGACCACUGCACGCUGGCGUCCAUCUUCGGGGCCCCGUCCUCCCUGGUCGGCGGUGGCAGUGAGCAGCUGCCGCGGAAGGCCCCUCCUCCUCCGUCGUCGUCGUCGUCGGUGCCAGCGAUGGACCGGCGUGUGGUGUUCCUGGAGCCGCUGCUGGAGGAGCAGAACGGCCACCUGAAGGCCACCUUCACGCCGGAGCAGCUGGCCCAGUUCCAGUGGGAGACGGAGCGGCUGAAUCCAGCCUCCGGCACCGAGCGCAAUGCGGCUCUGUAG